CUGACCACCCGUUCACUCAAACUCUCUCUCUCAAACGCAGGCUUUGAAUGGUUAAUUUGUUUGAAUAUCGAUUCAAUGCAUUCCCAUGUUCUAGGUUUUUCAAAUGUCUGAUGCUGCUGCUGCAUAUAACAAACAAACUACCAAUCUUCUUCUACUCCUUCAAGCCUCUGUUCAUGUUUUACACGGUUAUCGUUGUGUUUGAUUUCUUCUUCUCUUCCCUAUCUCUCUCUUUCCCUCUCUAGAACAUGCACAAAGAAAGAUAGCGGGUGACAGGGUCAAAAUUCAAUGGUUUUAGUUGAGAAUCAGUCAUAAAGAAAUCAGAAAUUCCAAUCUCGUCUGUAGCUGUUGUCCAAGACGCUAAAUUGAUUGCUUCCAUGGCCUUUCGAAGAACUAUCCUCAGUUGGGUGUCCUUGAUUUCGUAGAAUUUAACUGAGAGAUUUGGGAGAUGUCUGGGGAUCAACCACCACCAGAAAAGGGCCGGCCCUCCGGCGCCACCGGUAGCGGUGUUAACCGGAAAAACUAUUUACGGUCGGUUUCUUGGACGGAUAGGUCGCCAAGAACGCCUAACCCUAGGCCGCCACAAUCAAACCCCAAGUCGAGAUUAUGCCUUCCACCAUUGCAACCCCUUUCAAUCUCCAAAAGGAGCUUUGAAGAAUGGCCUAGAGCUGGCUCUGAUGAUCUUGGAAUUUGGCCUCAAGCUCCAACGCCCGGUGCAAACCCAAAUUCAGAACAGCCAGGGAGAGAAUUUCAAUUCAAGAAGGAAAAGCUUGCGUUUUUCGACAAGGAGUGUUCGAGGAUUGUUGAUCAUGUAUACCUAGGGAGUGAGUCGGUUGCCAAGAACCGUGAGGUUCUUGCCAAGAAUGGGAUAACCCAUGUGUUGAAUUGUGUUGGUUUUGUUUGCCCGGAGUACUUCAAGAACGAUCUUGUGUACAACACACUUUGGCUUCAGGACAGCCCUUCUGAGGAUAUCACAAGUAUACUGUUUGAUGUGUUUGAUUACUUCGAGGAUGUUCGGGAGCAGGGCGGGCGGGUUCUUGUCCACUGUUGCCAGGGCGUGUCGCGAUCAACCUCCCUGGUUAUUGCCUACCUCAUGUGGAAGGAGAGGCAGAGCUUUGAUGAUGCAUUUCAAUAUGUGAAGGCUGCAAGAGGGGUCACCAAUCCGAAUAUGGGUUUUGCUUGCCAACUGAUGUUGUGCCGGAACCGGGUACUAGCCUUUCUGGCGAGCCCGAAUUCUGUGCUGAGGAUGUAUCGCAUGGCACCUCACUCCCCGUAUGAUCCCCUUCAUCUUGUACCAAAAAUGUUAAGCCAGCCAGACGCCCGUGUUCUGGAUUCUCGGGGAGCAUUCAUCAUUCAUGUCCCUUCGGCUGUAUAUGUCUGGAUUGGGAGGCACUGUGUCUCGGCAAUAUCGGAUAAUGCGAGGACUGCUGCCUAUCAGGUAAUCAGGUAUGAAAUGGCUCAGGGACCGGUUGUUACCAUCAAAGAAGGCGAAGAGCCACCUGAAUUUUGGGAUGCCCUUACAGACGACGGACAACCCCUAGCAGCAGAUGGUUGUGCAGAAUUGGAGACCAAAGAGAAAGAAGACAGGUUGUCGGUCCAACCUGACAGACCCUCUGCUGAUAGUUGGCCAGGUAUUGGUGAAAGGAAAGUUAAUUCGUACGACAUGGAUUUUGAAAUGUUCUACAAGGCGCUUGCCGGUGGGGUUGUUCCACCUUUACCAUUGUCAGGAGCUAGAUCUGAGACUCGUCUUCCUGCUAGAGCGAGUGGAUGGGGUAGAUUGAGAAGGAAAUUUACAAGUGGAAUUAUGAAAGAAUUUAUCGGUGCAUCUAAGUCCAGUUGUAAUGCUUCUCCAUCAAGUCAUUCACCGGAGACAGCCAAAGGUUAUAGCAAAAUUGACUAUCGUGCUUCUCUGAUCAAUCCUCCAUCUCCUUCAAGCACUAGAUAUGGCUAUCCUGCUUCUCUGAUCAAUCCUCCAUCUCCUUCAAGCAAAAUUGACUAUCGAGCUUCUCUGAUCAAUCCUCCAUCUCCUUCAAGCACUAGAUAUGGCUAUCCUGCUACUCUGAUCAAUCCUCCAUCUCCUUCGAGCAAAAUUGACUAUCGUGCUUCUCUGAUCAAUCCUCCAUCUCCUUCAAGCACUAGAUGUGGCUCACCGGAUGUCUUCUUCAGUUCUCCGGCUAGCAGCCCAACUGGGAAAAAGGAUAUCCAGAAAGAAGAAAAACACUCUGGGCAUCACAUCGAUCCUUUGUCUUCACCAACCACUAGUUGCAGUUCAGUAGAUUCUUUUUCUUCGUAUCUUGUGAGUAGCCCAAAGUUCAGUUCUAAAUCUCCAUCACUUUCACCUUCAACCUCCGAUUAUUCCAGUUCGUUCACUUUCUCCCCCUCAUCUUCUAAGUGGUCUGACUUGUCGUAUUUAUCAUCUCUGUCUUCCCCUUCUGGAUUAGACUCUUUAGAUCUGUAUCCUGCCAAUGAUGCUUCCUUGGAAGAAAAUUAUGCUUCACCUUGUAAAGGAAAAGUGUUUCCUAGAAACCAGGCUUCAAUGGAGGCAAAUCAUUCCUUCCCAUGUAAAGGAACUAUCCCAUCCAUUGCAGAGCGAAGAGGAAGUAAUCCCCCACCUCGUAUGAUGCUAUCUUCAGUCGACGAAACGCCUCAAGCUCCAAGGCGCCUAGUAAACUCAUGGUCAUUUGCUCUAACAGAUUUAGAGGACGAUCUUCCAAUGGAUGUUGACUGCAGCCACAGUGAGGAAGAAAUCUUCUAUCAACUGAAUAGAGAAGAGUCCAUGCCUGAUGCUGACAUAGUUGAUGCUACCAAUGAGAUACAGAAUUGUAUUGAAAAUAGAGAAGAUAAUAUAUUUCAGAUUCCAUCAAGUUAAUCCCUUUGAAGCAGAUCGUCAGAGAAAGCAUUACCAUGGACAUAUGGAUCGUCGGAGAAAUCGAGGAGCGAGAGCCGCUUACAAAGCAUCUGAAAUGGUUCUUGGACACCAAACAGGGGAAAGAUUUGUUCACUCCCCAUAAUCCUUUACCCCCAUUGGUUCCGGUGCAGCUUCUCAAGAUUAUUUGGCAUCCCAAGCAAUAUGAAGCACAAUUCUGGUCUGCUCGUGUGAUGUAUCCAGAGAAUUUGAUUUGUUGUUGGGGCAAAAACUUGUACAGAAGAGAAACCAGCUACAUUGCUACCAGUAGAAUGCAGAGUAUACAAGUGUGAUCUAGAUGAAGAAUUAAACUGCAAGCAAGCUCUUCUAUUACAUUGUCAUUUAUAUAGCUUCUUUGAUAUCCAGCAUCAAAACGUCUUAUUCUUUCUA